GAGCAAUUUUCGGUUCACGACAACCUCGAACUCCACGACCAACACCCAAUACUAACCGGACGACAGCCACAAUGAAGUUCCUCAAGGUCGGACGCGUUGUCAUCAUCACCCGGGGCCGCUAUGCCGGCAAGAAGUGUGUGAUCAUUUCUCCCCUCGACAACGGCACCAAGUCGCACCCCUUCCCCCACGCACUCGUCGCCGGUAUCGAGCGCUACCCGUCCAAGGUCACUCGCCGCAUGUCAAAGAACAAGCAGGCCAAGAAGAGCAAGGUCAAGCCUUUCGUCAAGCAGGUCAACUACACCCACUUGAUGCCCACCCGCUACACCAUCGAGCUCGACAACCUCAAGGGCGUGCUCGCCGCCGACACAUUCAAGGAGGUCUCGCAACGGGAGGAGGCCAAGAAGACCGUCAAGAAGGCAUUCGAGGAGCGAUACCAGUCGGGCAAGAACAGGUGGUUCUUCACUCCCUUACAGUUCUAGGCUUUUCUUCGGUUACGGCUGGGCGCAGAUGGGCAAUGAUUUGAUACACGUGGAGAUCCUGCAUGAGCAUGUCGGUGGAUUAUCAUUGGAUGGACAGGACUCAAACAAAGCCUGCCAUUCGGGCGUGUACUUCGGACUGAAAAUGAAAGCAUGAAACUCCGGCUUCGAUCUCGGGAUCAAUUCACGAAAUUCACGACGUCUCCAUCGCGUUCAC